AAUUAUUUUGAAUGGAUCUAGCUUCGGACGUGGGAGUUCGUCAUUCCAUUGUUCUCUCGAACCUCAAAAUCCAACACUUCGUCGAAUUCUCCCCAGCUGCUGUUUCUGUUGCCAGAGAAGCCCGCUACUGUGUGAUCGCCAUUGUAAUUGGGUGGACCACCUCGCGCAUCGUCUCCGCGCUGCUGAAUCGGAGAGCUCCUUCGGAUCAGUGAAGACCAUAUCGAAAAGCUGCCGUCUCAUCUUCCUGUCGCCUAUUAUUGUAGAUCUUGACAGUUGAGGAUUUCGAUUCUGUUUUGUUCGCAUCAGUCGUCUCCCUUUUCUCAAUUUCUAUAUUCAUUCCCCAAACACACCUGUCCCCGCAUCAACAUCCUGGAUAAACAAUUACAAUGAGGAGCUUAGCUUCCUUGUCAUUCCUCGUCGCUGCUGCUACAGCGCAGUCUGUGAUAGAAAGCUCUAGCUUUGGCUAUGGUCAUACUAUAUCGCCAGACAGAGAUUCCAUCCCUGGUUGGCAAGUUGGGGGAGAGGGCCAUACACCUCAGAUUCUUUCCAACAAACUCAUUCUCACUCCCCCCUACCCAGGGAACACAAGAGGUUAUGCCUGGUCACAGUCCCCCCUAUCCCAGCCAGAAUGGUCAGCUGAAUUUCAGUUUCGAGCCACUGGUGUCGAGAGGGGAGGUGGCAAUCUCCAGUUAUGGUAUGUGAAAGAUGGACGAAGCAAGAUUGGCUCCUCUAGCAUCUACACUGCUGGCCAGUUCGACGGUUUUGCACUUGUCAUUGACACACAUGGAGGAAGAGGUGGAAGCAUUCGAGGCUUCCUCAAUGACGGAACGACUGAUUACAAGAGCCAUAGAAGCGUUGACAGUUUGGCUUUUGGACACUGCGACUAUGCUUACAGAAACCUCGGCCGUCCCUCUGUCGUGCGCCUGAAGCACACUAAUGCUGUUCUUGAAGUCACCGUGGACGACAAGCUUUGCUUCUCAACGAACAAGGUCGCCCUUCCUACUGGUAACAACUUCGGUAUAACGGCAGCCACUCCUGAGAACCCAGACUCCUUCGAGAUCUUCAAGUUCGUCGUGCAACCUAGCGCUUCCGGAACGAACGCAGCACCUCCUGCUCAGCCGCAAGCCAACCAACAACCGAUUGUCAACCAAGGACAGGCUCGUCCCGUUGACCCCCGCUCAGUCAACUCUGACCAACUCACUGAUCUCAGCAACCGUAUUCAAAGCCUCAAUGACGCCACUAACAGCAUUGCCCGCGAGGCCAGCAGCCAGUCCUCUAAAGCGGAAAAUCGCCAUGCAGAGGUUCUUCAGAAGAUGGCUACCAAGGAGCAGGUGGCCAAUCUUGAUGCCCGGUUGCAGAAGAUCGAGCAGUUGCUGCAGAACAUUCAGCGCGACCUGGAAGGCAAAGACUACCGCGAUCGCUUCAAUCAACUGCACGAGACCCUGAGGUCCUCGCACAUGAGCCUGGCUGAGAAUCUCCAAGGCACAAUUCUCAAUGUCAUUACCGCCUCGACCCCUCGCAUGGGCUUCUUCAUCUGUCUCGUCAUCGCCGUGCAACUCCUCCUUGCCGGCUCCUACAUCAUCUACAAGCGUCGCCGUGCGAACAUGCCCAAGAAGUUCCUUUGAGCGUCUCAGUUACCCGAGUUAACGAGAGUCUGAUUUGCCUUUAUACUAGAUCUUCUGCCCUUCAUGAUGACAUGGCGAAACAUAUGACCUAUUUUAUUUGGCUAGUACCUCUUCGGUUUUCUUAUCGGACUUUCAACUUAGUAUUGUGCACGCGACUAUAAAUCUGCAGUUUGGUUUGAUCGAGCCUUGUACGCUUACGAUGCAAUUUCGGGUGUCUUGCAUAAGAAUUUCGUUCUCGGCUCCGGAUACUCUGUAUAUUAAGUUGAAGCGGAUUUGACGUAUUCGGUAGUAACAUGCUUGUUCAAUCGUGGCAUACAAUCGAU